AUCCAGGCCAGACUUGAAAGGCAUUCCGCGUUGAAAUUUGGCUCGGUUCAGCCUCUCCAAUAGUUGCGUAGUUGUACUGUAUAAUGAUGUUCUAAAGUCUUCUUUCGUAUUAAUAUAGUGGCAGGAAUUGUAAUGAAUUUUAAGAUGAGUGGAUCAAGAGUACAGGCGAUUGAUGAGCUUGGAAGAUGGACAGACGCCAAAGUCACCGGAGAAGGCACGGACAACGGAGGGGAUUAUGUAGACGUUUCUUUUCCAGGAUAUCCCGCGACGGACAAUUUACGUGUAAGCGUAGAUUGCGUCAGACCUGCAAUAAUGCCGUUUGAGCAGCAGGAGAGAGUGAAGCCAGUUCAGCAUCAGCGAAGGAGAGAUGCCCCAAAGGGACAUGACAAGCAACGCUUGGUUUGGCUUGCUAAAUGCGAACGAGGUGACGUUGUAUUGACGACUCAAGGGGAAGGAGUAAUCUAUACCAUAGAUCCGUUUAAAAGAGAUAUUAUCUUGGAAGAUGGCAGGACUGUCCAUCUUCUGGAUAUUAUACUUGGGAACAUGAGUUCAAAAGAGGACCCCUUGCCACAGAAGAAGAAGAAAAAGAGGACAUCUAGACAAGGAUGUCGGAUUUCACAUGAGGGCACUUCUGGAAAGAGGAGGAAGCAAUCAUUUCAGCAAGAAACAAAUGUAACUGGACAUUCAAAGGUACAGACAGAAGACAGAGCUACCUGUACACUACCAUGUGAAAGGGCCGAGUUGCAGGAAAAAUGCCAACCUCGAGAGUGUGCGAGUAAAACAUUUUGUCUUGGAUCUGUAAAGUGCGGAAAUGUUUACAAGCUCAAGGACAUGGACAUCUUCAUGAUGGUGACAGACAUUGAUGUAACAACCCAGCGUUGCAGUGGAUGGCCAGUGAACACCAGCACCCUUCAAAAAGACAUUACCUUAUCACUAGAUGUUAGUAGACUUGAAACAAAGGCACAAAAGGUGAAUGGGGAAAUGAGAAAAGUAGGGAAAUCGAUACUAGGCGAUAGCUUUGCUGUCACUGUAAGUAAUUGUCAAGACAUGACAUUCCGUAGAGAUUUUCGUAGAGCACAGAUAAUGUCCGAGAUAAAGAGCAAUGUUGAGCAUGCAUUAAGUGUUUCAUGUAGAACGUACAAGAAAAAAUUUGACUUGGGAGUUGCCAAUGUUGACACUGAUUUGUCUUUCUUUGAUCUCAGCCUUGUAAACAAAAGUGCCGAGUUUAACUAUCGGAGGCAAAACCUUUCCCUCUUGGACGUUAACCUUGGCAAGCGUUGGGAUAUAAACCCUUGCCAAAUCUCCAGGUUUGUUACCAUGAUAAGGAUUUCACUCACAUCCAGUUUUCAUUUACAGGGGCUCAUUAAAACAGCUGAAUAUCCUGGUCAGUUGACAGGUGACAGCUACCGCAGUGCUAUCAUGGCACAUUUGCAAAAGACUUCAUAGAGUAGUCUUUAGUCUUGUGUAGCUGAGCUUUUCUUUUGAUAAUAGUAAUACAUGUACAUGUUGGAAUGGUUUUUUGAUAUUACAAGGCGUAAACUAUGGAAUCCCUCCAAUGUAUUGUGAUUUACAGUUUUUGAAAGAUACUUUUGGCAAAUAUAUGACCCAAAACACAAUAAAAAAACACUGACAGUACUAUCAUAAACUUACCCCAGGGCUGUUAGUGUUACACUCCUGUAGGUUGCUUCAUUGCAUCAUAUCUAUUUGUCCAAAAUAUUAUUUAAGGAUAUUGUACAGUACGGUGUACAGUGUACCUAUUCAUGUAGGCCUAACUACUUCUUCUGAUAAGAUACUUUACCAAUACAAAAUGAUGUAUUAAAUGACGAUUUAAAAAAAGGAAACAAUCAAACAAAUCUCAUUAGAGAAUAGGACCACCAAGAUGUUAAAAAGCAAGAAGAGAUAGUAAGCAAAUAUUAAUCGACUACGAGGGUAAUGGUACAAACUAUCAUCGCCUCUGUG